CAAUUGUUUUGUUGCUGUUGUUUGUUGGGUAAAUUAAGUUUCUGAAAACAGUGACCAUUUUGCUCAGCUUUGGAUAGCCGAAAUUUUGUUUUUGUUUUUUAUUUUCUUUUUUCUUAAAUUAAGUUUCUGCAGGGGUGUGUUGUUUCUUGUUUGGACAGUGACCAUUUUUCUCUGCUUUGGAUAUCCCCAUUUUUUCUUUUAACUGAAUAUUUCUUGGGCUUGAACACUUUGGAUUUUUUUUCCAGUAUUUUCCCAUCUUCUUAUUCCUACUUUAUCUCCUGUUUCUUCUUCUGGUUUGGUAUUUGGUUCUUUCCUUUGCUUAGAUGAUCGCUAUUUGUUUCUUAUUUGAAUUCCUACGGAAUUUAUGUAUGGUUUCUCUUUUUCUGCUUGAGACUUUUGAGGCUUCUGCUUCUUCUUUCCCUUCUCCAUAUCCCUUUUUUACUUGGAGUUCUGUCCCUCAGAAUAUAUAUAUUUAGUUUCAGUUGGUUUCUUUCAGUUUUUUCCCCAGCAUGUCCUUCUGGGGUUUCUAUGCUCACAUGACUCUCGCUUGUGUGAUUUUUUCUGAGUCAUCAAUUUAAUCAAGUUGGAAGCAUUUCACUGGAGAGAAUUGAUUUCCUUGAGGGCAAUGGAAAAUUCCUAUGAGACAUCUAAUGGUAACGGACCAACUAGUAAUGGCCACGUUAUAAAGCACUCUCCUUACCAGCAAUGUGUUAAGGGCUCUCUACCUUGGCUUGAUUUAAGAGUUUUCUAUGUUAGAAUCAGCAAAUGUGAGAUUGAUGAUUCGACGCCUGAGUGCCUCACACUAAAUCAUCUUCCACUGCAUCCCAACACCCUUCUUGAAGUAAAUGGUGUUAGAACGAGUAUCUAUUCUGAUGGGGCUUCAACACUACUUAGAAGGGAUAGAUUGGAUAAGAGAUCUGAAGAAGUAACAUUUGUGAGCACUGAUAGUAUAAGGAUGACAGGAAGUGUGAAGUUUGAGGUUUUUGAUAAGGAUGUUCUUGUGCUAUCUGGGGUUCUAGAAUUUUGUAACAGCAAUGGGUUUGCUGGGGAUCCUGGAAACCAUGACCAGAGAUGGAGCAUGAACUGUGAAUCAGAAAUGACCUCGGGCACUGGUUUCCUGAAGGCUAAACAAUUUAUGGGUUCAGACUCUGCUUCACCAGCAAUUGAGGUGUAUGUUGCAGGGUCCUUCUCUGGCACUCCAAUCAUUUUAACAAAGACUUUGCAGCUUAGUUCUCGAAAAAAGCAAACAAGGAAGGGGAUGUUGGGUUCCAUACCAGAGUAUGAGGCAUAUGAAUUUGAGAAAGAUGGUCCAUCUGCGCUUCCUUUGCAGAUAUCAGAGUACUCAAAUCACAAACCAGAAAAUGAAGACUACGACCUCCUUUACCGGGGGACUGAAUAUUUGCAUGGUGAAUAUUUAGAAGGUGAAGAUGGGGAACUCUCAUGGUUCAAUGCAGGUGUGAGGGUGGGUGUUGGCAUUGGCCUCAGCAUAUGUGUGGGAAUCGGGUUAGGUGUCGGUUUACUGGUUCAAACCUACCAAGGCACAACCCGAAACUUCAGAAGGCGGCGUCUAUAGCAACAUCCAAUGUUAUCAUCAUCCAAAUGGGAAGCUAACAUAUCGGCGUUUCUGACAGAUUGCAGAUGAUUGAUUAGAAGGUCGAAGUUUUUUGUAAUUAAGUGCGGUUGAGGCAAGACUUUCCAGUUUUUUUCUUGGUUUUGUUAUUCGUGUGGGGGAGCAAGUUUAGUCUUUUUACCUACAAAAAUAAAGCAUAAUUCUAUUUCACAUGUACUACCUUACAGCAGUUAUCUUGCCUGUAUAUCCUGCACAUAUAGUUUUCAUAAAUGUAUAAGUUCAUUGCAUAGUUGUAGAAUCUUGUCAGAUGAAGCUGUUAUGAUUUUGUUUAUAAAUAGCACUAAUUUUAUGUUUUUUGGUAUC